AAUAACCGGUGAAUAGGAGUGAGUGACCGGUUGCUUUUGUUGCUUUUCAUCGAACGUUUUUGUAAACAGCAUUUAUUUAUCUCCAGAAUUUAUACAAUGGGAAACCAAGGCAGUGUGUUUGAUGACAGACAACUUGAAGAAUACCAAGAAUUGACAUAUUUCACGAAAAAAGAAAUUUUACAUGUCUAUAAGAAGUUUCGACAACUUAAUCCGUCAUUCGUUGAUGCGAAUCGAGACGGACGCCUCGAUAUGGAUGUUAUCAUGAGUUUGCCAGAAUUAAAGGCUAAUCCUUUUAAUGAAAGGAUCUGUAAAGUGUUUUCCUCGACAUCAAGUGGAGAUAUGUCGUUCGAAGACUUCCUAGAUAUGAUGAGCGUUUUUUCAGAAGCUGCACCAAAGCAUGUCAAAGUUGAAUACGCAUUUCGCAUUUACGAUUUUGAUGAUGACGAUGUACUUUCUAGAGGUGAUUUGAAAAACGUCGUGAAUCACCUAACUGGUAAUGAGGUAUUGGAAGCAGACGACCUAGAACAAUUAAUUUCCAACAUACUAGAAGAAGCCGAUCUUGACAACGAUGGAGCUUUAUCCUUUGCCGAAUUUGAACAUGUUAUAUCCAAGGCACCAGAUUUCGUCAACUCAUUCCGUAUUCGCGUUUAA